AUGUGUUCGACAAACAAUCUUAUUACCAUUUUAACUUUAAAAUUUCAUGUUUAUAUUUUCAGUCACAUCACAAGAACAGCAAGCUGGCUUCCACCAGUGGAGAGCUGGUGCUGCAGGGACGCUGGUACUAGCCAUGAUGGGGAGCUUCCGUAUGGUUGGGAGCAGGCCUUGGAUAGCAGGGGCAAACCGUAUUACAUCAACCACGUCAACAAAACAACAACCUACGUUGCUCCGGAGAGUACGUCGUACGAAACGCCCCCAGCGCCUCGAGAUGUGGUGCUCGAGCGGGACCCAGAGCUGGGCUUUGGCUUCGUAGCUGGCUCUGAACGACCCGUGCUGGUUAGAUUCGUUACUGAUCACUCGCCUAGUGUUGGCAAGCUCGAACCCGGCGACCAAAUUCUCUGCGUCAACGGCGAAGACGUGAGCCUCGCCGCUAGAGAACACGUCAUAUCAGCGGUGCGAGCUUGUUCAGAUAAAGUGACGCUACGAGUCUGCCAACCAGCGAGGAGUGGGAACCCGGUUAGGAGGUCUGCGUUCCUCUCAGCGGCUAAACGGGCGAGGUUGAGGGCCAGACCUCCGAGGGUACGGUUUGCGGAUUCUGUGCAACUAAAUGGCGCUCCUAUGUAUCCGCCAUCAGCGUUCUCCCUCGGUGACCUUUGCCUACCACCAAUGGCGAAUGUCCUUAAAGUGUUCCUGGAAAACGGCCAAACCAAGUCCUUUAAAUACGACGCUACGACCACGGUAGCGGACGUUGUGACCAGCUUGAAAGAUAAACUCUGCAUUACAGCUGAGGAACAUUUCAGCCUUGUAGUGGAACAUGUUAAGAGUUUGAGGAGGAAUAAGUUGACGCUGCUAGAUCCUAAGGAGUCCUUGGCCAGAAUUGCAUCUCGUCCCGGUUCACACAAAAUGCGCUGUCUCUACCGCAUAGUGUUCAUGCCGACCUCCGCAGCCGAUCUAGCUCAGACGGAUCUAGCGGCACUAGACUAUCUAUACAUGCAGUGCUGCAACGAUGUGGCCCAGGAUCGGUUCGCGCCAGAACUGCAGCCGGAAGUUGCGUUGCGGUUGGCGGCAUUGCACAUACAUCAGCAUGCGCUGGCGCACAACAUGUCGCCAGCUAAACUCACUGUUAAGGCUGUGGAACGAGAAUUCGGUCUCGAGCGCUUUGUACCCAGUAGCCUUCUAGAAAGUAUGAAGAGGAAGGAACUGCGGCGUCUUGUAGCGCACUUUCUGAAGCUGAACGCCCAGAUGACUGGCAGUCAGCGGCAGCUUACGCAGUUACAGGCAAAACUUCACUAUUUGGACAUAGUGGGCGGUCUACCGAGCUACGGAGCCAAAUGCUUUAGCAGCAACAGACCAGAGAGAGUGCUGCUGGUGUCACCUCGCUUUGGUCUCAGCCAGAUCGUUGGUAGAGGAAACUCUGUGCCGCAGUCAAUAGCAUCUCUUGAAGAAGUAGAGAGUAUAAGAGUGAAGAGUGAAUGCAGUAGCAGUGCGGAGGUCGCGAUCUUCCUCCAGAGGGACCGCGUGCUCGCCCUCCUCAUGGACGAGAGGGAUGCUGAUGAAAUGCCUCUUGUUAUAGCAGGGUAUUAUAAACUUGCAACUGGUAAGGACUUACCCGUUGAGCAGGAGAGAGAACCAAUGACGGAAGAUAUAGCGCCGCCAUAUCUGUCACAACACAACGUGGUACCAGCGAAAUGGAGUUAUUUGUACUAUGAUGAUCCCGUGUCGAAAUCUAAAAAACACUUCGCGGUAUUCACAAUGCCUCCGCCGUACCACUCCACGCCCGACCAAUCUAAAUCCCUCGACACAAACAUGAACUCCAAUAUUGCUAACAGAAAUAACAGCAAUAACUCUAGUCCUUUAUUGGGAUAUGAUAAAACAAACCUCGGCCACGAUAUACACUUCGAGAAAUGCAAACGAAACGAUAGCUUUAGGCUCUUCGAUCCCAAUGAUACAUGUUUCCUAGAUGAUGGCAUGGGCUUUGAUCUACAAAGCGUUUUAUCUAUGGAACUAUUAGAGAGUGCUAACAAUCCGCGGUUGGUUGAAGCGAAAAAUGAAGCAGUUCUAAGACGAGUGGCGGAAAUGCAAAAACUGGUUGAAAAUUCAGAACAGUACUUGACUCAAAACUGUGAUGUUUACAAUGAAAACGGUACAAUAAGAGACGAAUUCGUAGGCAAAGAAACGAGUGUAGAUCAAAUUGAAAGUGAUACUGAAUCUAUCAAUAGUAAAAUGUCAGCUGCGGAUGAUGCACCCGGCAUACUAAAGCAUAGUGAUUCUUUAUUAUUGCUAACUGAAACUAUUAACCAGGGUUUAAGCGUAUUAACUGUGCCUGAAAAUAGCAAAGAUGAUGUUAAUGAUUUAACAAAAAGACAAUCGCAAGGUCUUAGUGCCAUUUUGAAUAACUGUGGUUUGACUGAUGCUCUUUUGGCUCUCAAUAAUGAUAUGGUUUACUCAGAAAGCGACAAUGAUUCUUCAUACACUCCCACUAGUAGUCCAGUGCGAAAACAUCUCAACAAACCAGUUAAUAAAAGUGUUAGAACUAGUUUUGGAUUACUAAGUCCAGACACUACAAACGUAAAUGACAAUAAAGAACCUAAUUUAAAGGAAUACCUUAAGCAGCUUAGAGAGAAGAGUAACAGAGAAGACAACGCUGCGGAGUUGCCAUUUUUCUUCCAAGAAUCAAUAGACAACGAUGCUGAGCUUAUAGAUUUAACAUUAAUUCCACCCCCUCAAACGCCCGAUGAAUUAGACUGCGCCACACAAGUGCCUCAAAUUUUACCAGUUGUUCCGCCUUCGUUUGCGGAUGAUAACAAUGCGGACGAAACAGACAGUAGUCCAAAAGCAAAUGAAUUAGAAGAAUUUAUAGCUAAUGUUACAGUUCAACCACCUACAGUUAAAGUAACACCAGCAAUUGAGCUCACUCCAGAAGAGAUUAUGUCGUAUAUUAUACCACCGCCACCAACUUCAAGUUCCUCUAAUUUAGAGAAAGACCAUGGAUAUGUCAACCAGCUUGAAUUAAUUGAUCAGAAAAAUGAUCAAAAUGGAACAAGUGAUGCGAAACCAGCUAAUGGUGAAGUAGUAAGAGGAGCGUUAACUGUUAGUGAGAUUAGAAAUAUGUUUACUGCAAAAACUCUGAGUGACGCUAGAAAUAGUCUGCUACUAAAAGAUAAAAGUAAUUCUCAAAGCAAAACUAAAUCUGACUCACCUAAAGGGAAAAGAAAAAGUGUAACUGGCGAAAAACAAGUCAACGGUAACGCACACGUUAUAGAAUAUGCUACCGUGGAGAGGAAAGGUAUGUUUUCCUGCUGUAGUAAAGAUAAAAAUAAAAAUGAAGAUAGCGAUGAAACUGAACAAAUAGAUAGUCACUUACAUAAUUCCGAUUCAAUGCCCGAUGUUUGUGAAGUAAGACCUCCUCCGCGACGAAAAAGCGUCGAAAUUAAAAAACCUCCUGAGCGACCGCCUAAAACACCUCCCACUCCCGCACCACGCCCUAGGUCCAACUCUUUUACCUGUACAAACAAUGAAUUAACAGCUGUUGAAAUACCAAAUAAUCAUUUUAGCACUUUAAAUAAUAGAAAAUUAAACUAUAAAGUGGUUUGCGAUGUAAACGAAACCCCACAACAACAACAGAGUCCACCGCAAAUACCACCCAGAUUAGAAAACAGGGUUCUUUCACCACCUCCCCCUAUCAUGUUACCACCUAAAAAGCCUCCAUUACCUCCAGUGCCAAGUAUAGAGGUUUUACGAAUGAAAACUUCACAGAAACCAUCACCAGUGCGGAUGGAACGCCAUGCGAGCAUCGGCUCACCACAUUUCCAAAGAAACCUUAACACCUACCGAAAUCUUGAAUUAGAAAGUAGACUGACUGAUGAAGAAACUAGUAUACGCUCGACACAAACUUACAGCUCUAUGACGCUACAAAAUCGUCACGUGCGUUCGAAUUCAGAGACUAAAAACACAAUUUUAAAGAACAAAGAUAUGACAGCUUUAUCAUUAUGCUCGCCGCAAAUGAAUCGCCGUUUCAGCAACCGGCCUGACCUCUUGAACGGUGCGCCAUGCAGCGAUCAGAGAGUGUUCAGUCCGCCACCUUCCGAACGAAAGUCUUUUAGGAAGGACAGCGCUAGUCUUACUUCGAAGAGCCAAAAUCACGUGAGGUUUAAAGAUGAAGUGGUGGAUGAUAUUCCAACGCCUCCAUCACCUCCGACGGUGAAGUUUCCAGAAUUCCAAGCUGGAAACAAUGGCCACGUGUCCAUAGAGAAUCUCUUGUGUAAGACUGAAGUAGCGGUGGACGGGCUUUUGCAGAGGCUGCACCAGGUGGCCCAGAAGUGCUCGCAUCAGCAUGCUCAUGGUGGCGGUGAAGAUAUUGAUGAAGUUAAGUUUCAGCGCGCUCGAAGCGAGCUAACUUCAUGUGCAGUAUCACUCGUGGGCACAUCUCGUACGCUGGUCGGCGCUCUGGGCGGCACCAGCGGCACCACUGCAGCAUCAGCGCUCGCUGACUGCCUGGCGCCGUUGAGGAGACUUGCUGAUCUUGCACAGGCACUCGGCACACACACAUCCGCACCUCUACAAACACGUAAUCUCGUCCUGCGCGUUCACGAUGUGACUGCGGCCUUUAAAGAGCUGGCUGGUGCUGAAAUGGCACAAAUCAUUCACGAGCACAAUACAAAAGCCUCUCAAGGCCAUGGCCAAGACAAAAAUUCCACCUUAGAAGGACAAUUGGCACUACGCGCUGAAUGCCUCGCGAAUGUUCUGGCAACAUUAUUAAGAAGCUUGCGCGUGUUUUCACCGUAGUCUUCCAAGGCAGCUGUCACGCCAUUCGCGCCAAAACACUGCGCCACAGAUAAUAAUUAACUGCUUCUCACAACAGAAUAAAAAUGAUUCGUAUAACAUUGAUUUAGUGUACAUUCUUUUAUUACCGUUACUAAAAUGAGACCAAAUAAAUUUAGGUAUGUUUGUAUAAUUAAUGUAGCGACAUUUUGUUAGUUAAGUUGUAGUUUUGUAAAUUUUAACAUUCGUUAAUAUUAAUUGUUAACUUUUAAUGCGUUUGUUUAAAUUUUAUUUAUAUGGCCUAAGGUGAACGGAUCAGCAAUAAGGUCUGGACGGACGUUUUUAUGUAUUUUCAUAAUAAUUAAGGAAAUGUAAGAAAGUAGAAUAAAGAUCAGGUCUUCCUAUAUCAUGGCAUCAUAUAAAACGUCGGCUAACCAGUACGAAUCCGUAGGAGUGUUACCAUAGUAAAUAAUUAUCUGUAUAACAUAUCUCAAUAUUUAAAUAAUCUAUGAUGUAUAUUUUCUAAACUUUUAGCACCGUAUCUCGGCGCGUUAACUUACUAAAACUAACCAUAUCGUUUUUAAAUGCUUGCAUAAUGCAUCUUAUAUUAACGGCAAUCGAUAUAAAAUACGUUGAUAUUGCAAUACGUUUUUUUUUUAAUUUUGGGGGGCUUAUAAUGAGAUUUUUUUAUUAUUCAAACGGGGUUUAUAAUAUAAUUGUUCUUGCAUUAUAAUUGACUGUCAUUAAAAACGGGAUGUGCUGAUAUUCAAAUAUUGGUGCUAAUAUAAAAUUAAUUACCUAAUUUCGAAUCGUUUGUACAUCAAUAUACAAUCUGUGUUGCUUGUAAAAAAUGAUUUUUUUUUAUUUUUGUUUUAUUUAAAUGUUGUAAUGUCACCUGAAGUACAAUUUAUUUUGCAAUUUUCUUUAGCCAAAGAUAUUUUUUCCCAAAAACACGGUAUUGCGUGAACUAAAGCAUUUCUUGUUCAUUCCUUCUUUACUUAAAUUAAGUAUAAACUGACAUAAUAUAUUGAAAUGUAUUAAUAUUAGAGUGAAUAGAACAUAUGUUAUUCAUAAAGAUUUAUUCAAAAUAAUGUUUUAUUCAUUAGUCCGGCUUUAGGCAUGAGUUAAAUAUAGUAUUACAUAUAUACGUCUUAUACUGUACAUUCUGAAAAAGCAGACACAUUUAUCUUCUGUCAUUACUGUAACUAUUUUAAAAGUUAUAGUGGUUCACCUGAUAUACCCUUCUAAUAUUAUAAAAGCGA